CAUAUAUAGCAUAUAAAAUAUUGGCUAUGUCAUUUAACAUCAUUUAUUGCAAAACUAGCCAUUUACAUGUGUUUUAAUGUUCAUGUGUUGAAAUACUAAUAUGUAUUAGUUAUACAAAUCUUCUAAAAGCUGUGUUCAUAUGGCCAAAGCCAUCAGAUUCCCCUGCGUUAUGGAACUUUUCAGUACAACAGCCUAUCAAUCAGACAGGUAAGUGUUUUAAUUGUUGGUCAGACAAUUAAAGACAGAUCCUCGUUUUCCUCUACUGAGUGUUUGUGUUUUACUUGUCGUUGUUUCUCUCCUCAGUGAUUCUGCCCUCCUCCAGCAGUCACUCAUCGUGCGUGCGCAGCUCGAGUCUUCACUCCAUCACAUAAAGCGCGCGCCUGAACAUCACACACACACAGUCUGGCUCUGCUUGAGCGUCACUCCGUCUUGGACUAUAAUAACACUGAAGUUUGGCUUUUGGAGGUCUGUUGCCCGUCCCCUUCUUCAAAGGUAUUUUGAUGUUACCUACAGAAAUCUCAGGAGGAGUGUGUUUCAGCACAAGUCAGCACUCCAAAGAAGGAAGGAGCGGAAUGAAAACAGAAGAAAACCAGUCAUGUCUUCAGCAGGCCCCCUCCGCCACACCUUACGACCAUGUGGGAGGAGGUGAGGUGUGCGCAGGCUGCGAGUCCCCCAUCGCGGACCGGUUCCUGCUGCGCGUCAAUGAACUGUCCUGGCAUGAGACCUGUGUGAAGUGUGCGGUGUGUCGCAGCGCUCUGAGCGGGACCUGCUACUGUCGGGACAGACUGCUCUACUGCAAGCACGAUUACGAGAAGUUGUUUGUGCGUAAGUGCAGCGCGUGUCUGCAGGCGAUCGGCCGCUCAGAGCUCAUCAUGCGAGUGUUGGGACAGGUGUAUCACCUGGGCUGCUUCAGCUGCUGCGAGUGUGAGCGCCGCCUGCAGAGAGGAGAUGAGUUUGUGCUGAAGGAGGGACAGCUGCUCUGCAGAGGAGACUACGAGAAGGAGAGAGAGAUGCUGGCCGCCAUCAGCCCGGCACCCACAGAGUCAGUAAAGAGUGAGGAUGAGGAGGGUGGUGGUGUCUCUGUCGGAGGAAAGGCUGGGGAUGAUGGAAAGGAGCACAAGAGAUCCAAGAGGCCCCGGACCAUCCUGACCACACAACAGCGGCGCGCCUUCAAGGCUUCCUUCGAAGUGUCUUCCAAACCCUGCCGAAAGGUCAGAGAAACUCUGGCAGCUGAGACUGGACUGACGGUCAGGGUCGUGCAGGUGUGGUUCCAGAAUCAGAGGGCAAAGAUGAAGAAGAUCGCCCGCAGACAGCAGCAGCAACAGCAGCAGCAAGAACAGGAGCAGAUGGGGGGCUCCAGACGGGGCCCGAGCAGAGGGGGGCGCCAGAGUAACGACGACAGCGAGGAUGGCUCCAGCACUCACGGACUGGACGGUCUGCUCUCAUAUUCCUCUCUGCCUCGACAACAACUGCUGGCUAUAGAUCCAAACAUAUAUGGCAGCGAGCAGUUUAGACACGGCCUCACGCCUCCACAGCUGGGCCCUGACCAGAUGCACUCCUAUGACUCAGAGACGGUUUUCCAUGACCUAGACAGUGAUGGAAGCCUCAGUCAUCUUGGCGACUGUCUCUUGUCGACUGCGGAUGGCAGCGUUCUGGCAGGCCGCAUAGGAAACCCCAUCGAUCGCCUCUACUCCAUGCAGAACUCCUACUUUACUUCAUGACCCUGGUUCAGCCUAGUUAAAGCGCUCCAACAGCACUGCAGGGAGCAGCAGAUACAGUGAGGUGUCGUUCAACAUCAUAACCUACUUCAAUUACUAAAUUCACAUCUUAGUGGUGCCAAUCAAGCUUUAAACAGCCAAACCAGGACAGGAUCAGACCCUGUGAAAUGCAGAAUGUUAUGGACAGAAUGGGAAUUCACUGGAAUAACAUGCUUACCAAAUGCACUCUUUUAUCAUAGACACAUCAACAGGCAGCUGCACAAAUGCACAGUGUUGGGGAAAGUUUCUUUAGAAAGUAAUCCAUUACAAUAGUUACUCUCUAAAAAGGGAAGUAGUUGCAUUACUUUUUAGGGUAAGUAAUGUAUUGUUACUUUUGAGUUACUUUUGCUUUAUCUUUUCUGACCUGGUUGAGGCUUGAUCUUUUUCAGAUCUUGCUGGGUUUUCUUUCUUCUUUUUUAAACUGAAGAGUCCUGCAAUGAACAACACACUGUAUAACCUUCAUUUACCUAAAAAAAAACCAAACAUAAAUUAAUGUGGGAUAAUGUUAUCUUCGAAGAACUUGACCCCAGAGCUAUAAAUGCCGUAUAUGCAGAUUAAUGACCCUUUAAAUCAAUGCGUUUGCUACUUUUUGUACUUAUUAAAAAGUAAAACCACUGUCCAUUCAGAUUAUACUCUUUUUCUUUUCCUCCAUUUAGAGGAAUAAUGAGAAUUUUUCAUCGCAGAAAUGUAAGGCUCUGCCAUCUUCAUUUUCAAUGUGACUACGGCCAUUUUAAGUCAGCAAUUAUUUUUUUUAAAUGUGAAUUAACUAAACUGAAAAAUAACCCACUUUACGGUUUUUAAAAAGUAACUCAAUCAUUAUUACUUCGUUUUUAAAAGCAAUACAUUACUUUACACGUUACUUAGAAAAGUAAUGUUAUUACGUAACUUAUAGUAUUUGUAAUGCGUUACCCACAACACCGCUAAUGCAUAUUCACGAAAAAAAGUGUGUUUAUCUAAAAACAUUCUCCGUCCAAACUAGCAUUUUCCAAAAGUUGCUUUACCACUCUGAAAUCACUUAAAUAUGUGUGAAAUAAUGUCCGCCCAUGUACUGUGCUUUAGUAAAACGUAAGAUGCUUUGACUUGCAUCUUCCGUUCAUUUAGAUGCAUGUAUGAUGAGGUCGAGUUGGUGUGAGUGACAUGAGAGUAUAAAAUUGCACAAAUUUGUGAAAACAUGCUGAUGACGCCCCAACAGUAAAGAUUCUCAAAUUCUCAUCUCAAAAAGAUCUCUCAAAGUUCAGACAUACAGAGAAACUGAAAGCUAUCAUGUUUACAGAUAAGUGACUGCAUCACAUGAACCAUGUCAUUGUUUUUGAAAAGCUCAAUUUUACAGCCUACGUUUUUAUAUUCAUUCAUUGGAGAAUGUUUUGUAAAAGAGGCGUUUAUAUUAACAAAAACACCUUCUAAGUGUGGAAUAAAUGCUAAACUUUCAGAUUUUUACAUGACAAUUUAUUAGUAUGGACAAGGCCCAAGUCAUAGUUUCCCAAACUUGUUCCUAGAGGCACAUUAACAUGACAAAUUCUGCAGCUGUUCCUAAUCAAACUCACCUGAACCAACUCUUCUGCUCAUUAGGAAAGACUUCAAAGUACAUCAAACAUUGCACACAUAGUCUGAAAAACUAGACUAUACAAAUUGAUAGUAUUUGAUUUAACAGUAGUAGUUGAAAAGAACCAGCAUGACCUGCUACUGAGAUUCUGUAGUCUGCAUUCAAUGUAGUCUACUAUCUCAUGAGGCCACAUAAGAUUUAUGAAUGGCAUUGAAAAGACGCAACUGACACUGGUAAGUCAUGCGAUAAUUAAAACAUGGUGGAUUCAGUACAUCUGAGGGUACGUCUCAAUCAAAGCUUUCUUGCAAAGUAGUCGUGCACGGACCAGGGUGUCAGCCAUUUUAAGGGCUGUCUCAAUCACCAAAUAUUUCCAAAGAAUUAAAACUUUAAUUCCCUGAAAAAUGUAACCAUGGAUAUCAGGGAACAUAGAUAGUCACUAAGGCUGCAUUUCAAUUAAUUUUUAGAUACGCACUUGUGAAUUUCUCUUAACACUUCCCAUCUUAAAGUGCGUUCUACUUCAUCAAGUGAAUGAGGAAAGCUUACAUAAUCACGCCCUUGAUUUUGACCGGUGGAGGGAGUUGGAUUCAUUUGUCCAUCCCAGAACUUAUUUGUCCCAGAAUGCAAUGCGAUUGCGACUGCUUAAGGGUUUAGGGCAGCAGUUCUCAAUCUCGGCCCUGGAGGGCCGAUGUCUUGCAGAUUUGAGCUUCAACUCCAAUCAGACACACCUGGUCUAGCUAAUCAAGCUCUUAA